CUCGCUUUUGCUUCAACAGUAUUUGUUGAUUUUCAUUGUUUCCGAUCGUGUGACAUUGGAGUUCUUUGUCUUCCAGGCCACGCAGUUUUGACCUCAAUAAUAUCUCUUUCUCUCCAGUGCAGCAAGGAGCGGACUUAAGUUGCUGCGUGAAUAUGGCCCAACAAAAAGUUCCUGAAGUCUUAGAGGCUGUGUUUAGCAUUGUUGACCAGAAGAAGACUGAGCUAAUUGACUUUCUGCGUGAGGCAGUAGCCAUCAAAAGUGUGUCCGGUUGGCCUGAAGCACGAAAUGAAGUAGUCCGCAUGAUCAAAUGGAUGAAAGAGAAACUUGAGAAGGAGGGUGCCACGUGCGAGCUUAAGGAGCUUGGUGAGCAGACAUUGGCUGAUGGAACCAAGCUCAGGCUGCCUCCUGUGAUGCUUGGCCACCUGGGCUCUGAUCCCGCCAAGAAGACCCUCCUCGUCUAUGGGCAUCUUGAUGUUCAGCCUGCAUUAGUGGAGGAUGGCUGGGACUCGGACCCCUUUGUGUUGACGGAGAAAAAUGGCAAGCUGUAUGGGCGAGGUGCUUCAGAUGACAAGGGUCCAGUGCUCGGCUGGUUGCACGCUAUUCGUGCAUACAAGGCAGCUGGCGUUGAUAUUCCGGUCAACUUGAAGUUUGUUUUCGAGGGCAUGGAGGAGUCUGGCUCGAUUGGGCUGGAUAAGCUGCUGUAUAGUCUCAAGGACACAGAUUUCUUCAAGAAAGUGGACUAUGUCUGCAUUUCUGACAACUACUGGCUUGGAAAGGACAAACCAUGCCUCACCUAUGGACUCAGGGGACUGUGCUACUUUGCCGUUGAAAUUGAGUGUGCCUGCAAGGACCUUCAUUCAGGCGUCUUUGGAGGCUCUGUAUACGAAGCCAUGGCUGACCUGACGCACUUGAUGAGCCAGCUGGCCGACCGCACUGGAAAGAUUCUGAUUCCGGGAAUCAUGGACGACGUUGCCCCUCUCACUGAUAAGGAACGUAAGCUCUACAAGAGCAUCGACUUUGACAUGGAAGGGUACCGGAAGGAUAUAGGUGCUUCUGGACUCCUGCACGCAACAAAAGAAGACAUUCUUAUGCAUCGCUGGAGAUACCCAUCGCUCUCUCUUCAUGGUGUAGAGGGUGCCUUUUAUGGAGCAGGAGAGAAGACUGUAAUCCCCCGCAAGGUAGUUGGCAAGUUUUCAAUCCGCAUUGUACCCAACCAGGAGCCCGCCAAAGUCGAGGCCCUGGUGAAAAAGCACAUUGAGAAGCUAUGGAAGCAGCAUGGAAGCCCCAACAAAAUCAAUGUCCACAUGGCUAGUGGUGGCCGGUGGUGGAUUAGUGACCCUUUCUCACCCAACUUCGAGGCUGGCAAGGCAGCCACUAAGCAUGUGUAUGGUGUGGAGCCCGACAUGACGAGAGAAGGCGGCAGCAUCCCAGUGACGCUGACACUGCAGGAAGUGACCAACAAGAGUGUCAUUCUGCUUCCUAUGGGGGCCAGUGACGAUGGGGCCCACUCGCAGAACGAGAAGAUUGACGAGCGAAACUACAUAGAAGGGUCCAAGCUACUGGCUGCCUACCUCUACGAAAUCGCUCAGUUGAAGUGAAGCAUCCCUUUUAUGUUCCCCCUCGACGGCAACUGUUUCUUGAAACAGACUCUCGACGGAGACGCCACAUCUACACAUACAAUGAACUUUAAUUUACUGGUGUAUAGUAUUAGCACUUCAGGCCAGUUGAGGAAUUGAGAUUCUUAGUUUCAAAAUAUUGUGAUUCACGAGACACGCAGGUGGAAAUAUUCAACUUAUUUUACGCAAGCCUGGUAAUUUUUACAUAUUUGACGUUUUAGAGAUUAUUUUAGAUGAUCUUGCAUAUUUUUACGCAUGACUUAGGUGUACUGAUUGAAAUAAAUAUUUUUAUACAUAGUU